UCCUCCUGACCCGGCGGAGAGACACUGAAGAAAAUGUGCGAGACGUUCUUCUUCUUUUUCCUUCUCUCUGGGUGGAGCAGUGUGGAGGAACGGGUUUUUUUGUCCGGUGCUAAGCCAAAGCAAGCGGAGCACAGACUGGACAACCGGAGCUGGAAAUUCAGAGAACGGUGCUGAGGACCUGGAAGUUCAGCAGCAGAAGUGGUGCCUGCUGGGAGAAGAGCUUACUCAAGAGAGGAGCUUUUUUUAUUGAGACAGAACAAAUCUGGACUGCAACAUCCAAUUCCAGUGGACAUAUUGAGGUGUUUUCGGGGUUGCCAUGCUGGUGCAAAGGUGAAGGCUAGGAAAUGGAGAUACAAGCCCUUUCUUCCAUCAGUCAUCAUGGGAAACGUAAACUCUCUGCCAAGCAAAAGUGAUGAGCUGGAGACAUUGGUGAAGACGGACAAAACACACCGUGAAUGCAGUUUCCUGUGUUUUACUGAGACCUGGCAGAAUCAGAACAACUUGGACUCAACUGUGGAUCUACCUGGCUUCACCCUCAUAAGGUCAGACAGAGAUACUAAAGCUAGUGGCAAGAAGAAAGGAGCAGAUCUGGCUUUAUUUGUUAACCAGAGAUGGUGUAACUCCUCACAUAUAAUGGUUAAGGAGAAAUUGUGUUGUCCAGAUAUUGAACUGUUGGCAGUUGGACUUCGGCCAUAUUAUGUCCCAAGGGAGUUCAGUCACAUCAUAACAAUGCUUGUAUACAUUCCACCCAAAGCAACUGACUUGGUUCCAUGUGAUUUGUUGCAUGACACUGUUGCUCAGAUAGAGACUCGACAUUCUGAGGCACUUGUAAUAAUAUCAGGAGAUUUCAAUCAUGUCAGCCUCUCUUCUCACCUGACAGAAUUUACACAGUUUGUUAACUGCCCUACCAGAGGAAAUAAUACCCCAGACCUGCUGUAUGCCAAUGUCAAAGAAGCUUACAGAGCUACUGCCUUACCACCACUGGGCAGGUCAGAUCAUAACCUGGUUUAUCUGCAGACCUGUUACAAACCCUGUGUGCUGAGACAGCCUGCAACUAAAGUCCAAAUCAGAAGAUGGAAUCCUCAAGCUAGUGAAGCUCUAAGGGACUGCUUUGAAUCAACAGACUGGAAUGUGCUUCUGGAAACAGAUGAGGACAGUAUGAACACUGACAGACAGGUUGAUUGUUUUAGUGAAUACAUCAGCUUCUGUAGAGACACAGUCAUACCUGCAAAGACUGUUCGCUGUUUCCCCAAUAACAAACUACGGAUCACAAGCAACAUAAAGGCAAUCCUCAACCAAAAAAAAAACAAGCUUUUAGAGAUGGUGACAACGAACGGCUCAAAGAAGUGCAACACGAGUUGAAGAGGAGACUGAAGAUGGCAAAGAUGGAAUACAAAAAGAUGAUAGAGAGGAAUUUUCUACACGGCAACAUCCGUGAUGUGUGGAGAGGAAUCAAUACCAUCUCUGGACACAACAAUAAAAAGAGGAGGAAGCCAAUAGUGGGUGAUGUGGAAAGAGCUGAUGAACUCAACUUGUUCUUCAACAGAUUUGACACUGUGGACACACCUACUUCCACUACGUCUACUGAGGCUUGAGGUCAAAGACAAACUCGAUUUCUUGCAGUUUGCAUACAAAGAACACAUUGGAGUGGAUGAUGCCAUCCUCUUCAUGUUUCACCGUGUCCUGUCUCAUCUGGAGGAACCUGGAGUUUAUGUGAGAAUCAUGUUCUUUGAUUUUUCAAAUGCAUUCAACUCCAUCCAACCCACCAUCCUCAAAGACAAGCUCACAGAGAUGGGAGUGGAUCCUUCCUAUGUUUCAUGGACUACAGAUUACCUGACAGGAAGGCCACAGUUUGUCAGGCUGGGGAACUGUGUUUCUGGGACAUUAAUGAGUAGUACUGGGGCUCCACAAGGAACAGUCCUGGCUCCAUUCCUGUUCACUCUGUAUACAUCUGACUUCAAAUCCAGCACUGAGUCCUGCCACAUUCAGAAAUACUCUGAUGACACUGCUAUCGUGGCAUGUAUCAGAAAUGGACAUGAAGCUGAAUACAGAGAUCUGAGAAGUGCCUUCAGUGACUGGAGUCACAAAAACUGCUGCUACUCAACGCCUCAAAGACAAAGGAAAUGACCAUAGAUUUCCGCAGGUCCAAACCCCCUCUUCAGCCAGUGAACACUUGUGGCGUGGACAUGAAGAUGGUGACAUCAUAUAAAUAUUUAGAUGUCCAUCUUGAUAAUAAGUUGGACUGGUCUACAAAUGCAGAUUUCAUCUACAAAAAGGGCCGACAUGCUAUACUAUGACGUUUUUAGAGCGACAUUCUAUACUAUGAUGUGUUUAGAGCGACAUGCUGUACUAUGAAGUUUUUAGAGUGACAUGCUAUACUAUGUCAUGUUUAGAGCGACAUGCUGUACCGUGACGUGUGUAGGGCGACAUGCUGUACCGUGACGUGUGUAGGGCGACAUGCUGUACCGUGACGUGUGUAGGGCGACAUACUGUACCGUGACGUGUGUAGGGCGACAUGCUGUACCGUGACGUGUGUAGGGCGACAUGCUGUACCGUGACGUGUGUAGGGCGACAUGCUGUACCGUGACGUGUGUAGGGCGACAUACUGUACCAUGACGUGUUUAGAGUGACAUGCUAUAUCAUAGGCUUUUUCAUUGACAUAUUACUAUCACUUUUUUUAGUUUUUUGUUGUUUUUUUUAGCCACAUAUAAGAAUAUGAACAGUUUUAAAAAUUACUAAGCUUUUACUUGUGCUAUGAACUAUUAUUCUAUGGCAUUUUUUAGACCACAUAUUAUACUCUGAUGCUUUUUUGAAUGACAUACUAUUUUGACAAUAUACUGCACCAUGACAUUUUUUGAACCACAUAUCAUAGCAAGCAUGGCACACUGAAGAACUCUGCAGGAAGUCCAGGUGGCCGCUCUCCUCUAUAGUUCAACAGGUUGAGCAGCCGAUCCAGCGGUACAGCGGUCACAAGUUUGAAUCCAGCUGGUGGCACUUUGCCGCGGUCCUUCGCCAUCAAUUACGUGGACAUGUAUGAGAAAAGCGGGCGGGCCGCACUAACGUCAAACUUUGGUGUCAAGUAGAGGGCCACAAAAUAUUGUCUUGCGGGCUGCAAGUUUAAGACCCAUGCGUAAGAGCGUCGACAACAUUAUCCCACACUCUGUGAAUUAGGGUAAAACAAAGUUGAACAGUCGGGUCAAACGGAGGGCAAACGCACGCCAGCUUACGCUGAAGACACCGAUGUCAUAUUGAACCCUAUGGAUUAAGAAUGGAAUGUCACUUAUGUUCAUAUGCGAGUCAAGGCAGGUUAUCCAAUACUUUUGGCAAUAUAGUGUAGAUUCCAGACACACACUCCCUGACACGCUUGACCUGGUGCUUCUCACUGAAGGCCACACUUGUUUUAAGAACAUUAUGUGGAUAAACAUGAAGUGAGAAUAACUGGAGGCGUGCUUCACUUCCAUAAAUAAGAACAUAAUCAUUUAGGUCCAUCAGACAGAGGACAAGAUUAUAAGUUCCUGCACAUGAUAUACCUAGAUUAGCACAUCUAUCAAUCUGUCAGAGUCGCAGGGAGGAUCUCCAAUCCAUAAGUAUGCAUUCUAUUCUGUAUACUGUAUCCAUUACCAGGAAAACGCCUGCAGAUUAACACCCUUUGUUAACUCUGGUCCUCUAAUCAGUAGUGGUCAUUGAUCACACUACCUGCUGCAGAAUAAACAACUUUAACUGAGAGAAGCUGUCUUUGAUCUCAAAUAACCAACCAAUCAAUCAAUCCAAAUUUAUUUAUAGAGCUCCUUACACAACAUAAAAGAAUACCAAAGUGCUUUCCAACAGCAUGAUAAAACAAAACAACACAAUUUGGUUAUCAAAACCAUAAAACCAUAAAAAAAGAUAAAAGCAAAAUGCAGCACAGAUGAAAUAGUAACAUUAAAUGAGGCAUUCUGGACAACAUGAGAAUAAAACAGUUGUAGGAGUCCAAGGAAUAUCUGAAAAGGUGGGUUUUGAGUCUGGACAGAGAUAAGUCCAAGUUCAAGUGGGAGUGCGUUCCAGAGCAGCAACAGCAAAGGAACGAUCACCCCACUGCUUGUACUGAGACCUGGACAUGUCCAGUACCAUCUGUAUGGAUGGCUCUGCUGGGGCGGUGCAUGGUUAAAAGGUCUGAUCAAUACACAGGAGCAAGGCCAUGGAGGGCCUUAAAAAGAACUAUUAAAACUUAAAAUAAACAAACAUGCUCGACAUUAGCAAAGACUUUAUUGUUUCUUCAAGGGGAAUUUCAGUGAUUACCAUACAGUUCAGUAAUAUGAUUAAAUGGGCCAUUCUGUAACGAUGUGGAAGGUUCUGAAUCCAGGUCUUGUAAUGAAAGAUUGCUGCUGCUUUUCUCAGGUUUCAUAAGACAUUGUUUCAUAGCUUGUUAGCUUACCAGCCACUAAUUGGCUAGCAAUGAUAGUCAACCUCUGAUCACUGAUUCUGUGCCCGUACUACAUUAGCUGGCAUAAUGUUCAUAAUAUUGAUGUGGGACUAUUGUAGCCAUCCUAUUCAUAGUAGACUAACAGCAGGGUGUUUGAGAAACAAAACUUACCAGGAUCGGGAUCGGUGGACUGCAUCAACUCCAUCAGGACUGUAGCAUUCAGAGCCCUGGUUGGAAUCACAGAAUGCAGCCGGUCAAAAUGGGUACUCUUUUUGUUGGCCUGUCACUCCCUUUUCUGAUCCCUCAGUCCUUUUUGAGUUUUGCAGGUUUAUUGAGAAGUUAGUUGAGGCUCGGCUCUUACAGCCAACAUUCUCGACUGUGCAGCCAUCUCCCACUGGCUCUUGUCGAACAUCAUCGUGGUCCGAGAGGCUCCCUGUAACUUCGACUAAAUUUCAUAUGAAGACCACAGUUCCAGGAAGCACUGGGUCUCCUCCUCAGACCAAUGCUGCUUGGAUUUCGGGUCCAUAUUUACUGGUUUUAAAAGCUUUACUGCUUAAAAAUGGGGGUUCUGUGUUUUCCCCAUUGGUUGCAGUUCACUGAAGGACCAACAACACACAAAACACACACAGUACAACAACAUGCAACACAGCUGUGGAUGUUUGUUUCAUUUCACCUCCUGGAAGAAAUAAGAAGUUCCAGGAGCUGAAAGUCCAACAGAACUCAGUUAACAUCAGGAUCAGAGUUCAGGCUUCACUCAGGUUUGUUUUGCUCAAACUGCUGCUUCCUUUAACUUUGUUGUAAACCUGCAGACUGAACUGUGUUUUUCAGGAGGAAAACCACCUCAGUUCUACUGUCACAUCACAGUUGAAUAAAAACACAGAAAACACUUUAUUCACUCUGUGGGAACAAAGAAACAAACUUUAUUCAGUGUAUUAAAGCAGACGCUGUUGAUGUGUCCGCUCAGUAAAUCCUGCUGAAGGACUUCAGUCUCUGAUCAACAGAUUCUCUUCAUCAAGUCAGUCUGUUGCAGCAGGACAUCAGCACUGUGGAGAAACAGUGAAGCUCUGCUGAGGAGCAUCAGGAUUAGAUCUCCAUGUAUCUGAACGUUUACAACGGGAAGAAAACCAGAGGAACAUAUUUACAUUGAUUGAGCUGUGAUGAAGGAACAAACCUUCCUGCUGGCUCCAUUCAGACUCACUGAAGAAUAAUCACACUUUGAGGAUUCUCUUUCUGUCAAACACUGAAAUUAUUUCACUUUGCUGUUGUUCACUGACUUUACACCAAAUCUACAGAUAAUAAACAUGUUUUACUCUG